UUGGUGCUCGAAGCCACUCUUUGGAAGAAAGGAAAAGGCAAAGGAGAACGGCCAGUGGACGGUCAUACUGUGGGAGGUCCGAGACUCCGAGCCCUGCUCGGUUUAAUAGCCAAGAAGCCAAGCAAGAAGAAGAAGAAGAAGAAUGGCGAAGGGCUCAUCGGUGCAGGUCCUCUACGAGCUAUGCAAGAGAACCUUCUCGCCUUCAGGCGCUUCCCCUUCCUCCCAGGCCAUUCGGAAGCUCGCCGCUCUUCUUGAUACUAUUAGUCCGGCAGAAGUUGGUCUUAAAGAUGAUAACCUGGAGGAUGAUGGGGGACAUGGUUUUUUUGGACCAAAUUCAUUCAAGAAUUCAGCCAGGACUGCUCGAUGGGCUCAACCAAUAACAUACUUGCACAUAUAUGAAUGUGAUAGUUUUUCGAUUGGCAUAUUUUGCUUGCCUACUUCAUCUGUUAUUCCGCUACAUGAUCACCCUGGGAUGACAGUUUUGAGUAAGAUGCUUUAUGGCUCUAUGCAUGUGAAAGCAUAUGACUGGAUAGAGCCUGCCCGUACGAUGAGAAGUCAAGAGCCUGAUUCCUUUCCCGUGAGAUUAGCAAAGUUACACAAGGACACUGUCCUGACAGCACCAUGUCCAACCACUGUUCUGUACCCAAAAAGUGGAGGCAACUUGCACUGUUUCACUGCUGUUACUUCUUGUGCUGUGCUUGAUGUCCUUGCUCCACCAUACUCUGAAGAAGCUGGCAGGGUUUGCACCUAUUAUCACGACUACCCGUACUCCAGUUUCACAACUGAUAACACACUGGGUGAGAAUGAGAGGGAAGAGGAUUAUGCAUGGCUUGAGGCUAUAGAUGUCCCUGACGAUCUCUACAUGCGCUCAGGCCGAUAUGCUGGUCCAGCUGUGCAGGAAGAGUUCUGCUUUCCAGGAUCAUGUAAUGUAGUCUAGCAAAGUGCCUUCUGUAUGUACAUCUUUUUUGGGAGGUGACUCAUCCUGACUAGGGCUAAAUCUGGCUGGAUUCGUUCUUCACUGACCCAUCAAAAGCUCAAAGGGAAGAUGGUAUUGCAAUGCAAUAGAUAGGAUGACACCUAUCAAACAUAUAUUUUAUCUGAAGACCUUGCACUAAACUGAGGUUCCUAUACAUAUGGGACAUGGGACCUUGAUUAUUUUUCCUUGCUGCGCUUCAUACUUGAAGCUGUUUUGCAAAUUGGACCGGUGAAUGAGAAUAAUAGUGCUGAUAGUGUAGAUGAGUGCUGUAGUAUGUUUCCUUUAAGAAAAGUAGUACUGUGGUAUUAUUGUUAAAACAUGUACAGAAAUUUCAUUGACCGCUUCUGACUUCCCACUUGAAGAAACAAGAUCCAAAGAAGGUGCUGGCCCAAUUUAUGGUUCUUCGUCCAAUAUGGUUAUUUCAGAUUAUCAGGGCAACUUUUUUGGGUCCUUAGUGGAAUAAUUACAUGACCAUCUGCCCUGCCUUAAGGUGGCUGAAAGUAUUUUGAUUUGAAGGUGUUAUGUUUUUUAAAUAGCAUUAAAUAGCUUCAUUCAACUUAAAUUAAAUAUUAGCAGGAUUUGUGGGCUUUCGCUUGUCAUGUUUAAAUGCUUUUGGAAGGAGGCUUAUUUUCUGGAUGCUGGAGGGAUGCAGAUAAAAUCCCCCAGAGAUAUUUGGAAGUGUUGGCAAAUUUUUAUCAGUGUGCUGAAAA